CCCUGAGUUCCCCAACAAGUUCCAAAUAAUCGGUCGAAGGACAGAAGGCAAAUGGACCACAAAGUGGAUAGAGGUACCACCUACCAUCUGUCACAUACACCUAAUGGUCCUUUCUUGUCAUGGUAGGAGCUAAAUCCUGCUGAUGUGCAGAUUUCUUCCUGUGGGAUAUAUUAUUCUCAUGGACCUCUGAGGAAGUGACUACACCUUACAAAAUCCAGAAAGAAUCAGGACUUCUGCAUAACAACCUAAUCUCACUUCUGGGGAGUGUGUCUAGUAGCAGGAAUUGAUUCAAGAUGACUAAUUAGGAGCACUCGUAUCUCAGCUCUCAGCUUGCUCCCCUCUACCACAUCUGGAGGUCAUCUCAACGGUGAAGAAUUCCAAAAAUAGAAAUUGGGAUUCCUUUGUAAUUGCCAGUUUUCAAAUGUGGGAGUUUCACAUUUUCAGAUGCACCUGCAGGUUUUCCUGCAACUUUGAAGAAGGCUUGAAAAAGACUUCUGUGGCAAAACCACACUGUGUCUUCUUUCUCACCCCUACCUGAACAGGAGGGACUGCUACUUAAUCUGCUGAGUCCAAAGCAUGGGCUAGAUUGAGGUGUGAGAAAAUUAUGUGAAGUGCCUGUGCUGGUGAAAGCCUGACAAAAGGAAACAACCCUGUUCUUCUCAGAGAAUGUGAAAGAACAGCCACACAUCAGCCAAGUGUUUGGAUGCAGUUGAGUUAGUCACCAUAGGUUCCAGAAACAUGUCCAUAUAUGGUUUACUUGUCAGGGACAAUAAAUAAUGAUGUAAUAGAAAGGUCAACUUUGUGUCAUUUAGCUACAGGAUGCUCGAUGAAGUGAAGUUUGUCAGAUAACGCAACAAGGAACAACUUCAGGAUCAGUAAAAGUUUCUGCUGUGCAUCUUCAAACAGGAAAUCUGAGAUUCGGAACAACUUAUAUUUUGGCUUGUAUUCGCUGAUCAUGGGGUGAUCCAGAAAUAAACUCCAGGCUUCAAAGAGAGUGUGUUUCCAAGCUGUCCUGCAGUUGAUCGAAACAUCCAGGCAAAGCAGGGAGACAAAUACCAGCAAGGAUUUUCUGAAUUAAGACUUAAUCAAGGAGAUAACCCAUUUCAACAGUAUUUUUACCCUUCUAUUUCAGAACAAAAAGGAAAGCAAAGAAUAAUAAAAAUGGCUACAACGGCAGCAAAUACUCAAAGACAAACAAUAGGCUGUGAGGAAUACAGUCUGUACAGUAGCCUGAGUGAAGAUGAGCUUAUAAAGAUGGCCAUCCAGCAGAGCUUGGAGGAGGACCCCGCAGGUCAGCCAGGUGCCCAGAGCCACCAGAAGUCAAUGGUGGCAUGUGCUGGUGCGGCGGCCACCCCCAGCCACGCCAGCCCCCACAACCCACCUUACCGCAUCUACCCUUGGCAAAGAUUGGCGGCCCAGCAGACAGGCCGUGCUCAGCCAUCCAGCUCGGGGGCAGCCUGGGGUGUCAGGCGAAGGUACGACAGCAGCCUGUGCAGCACAUCCCAGUCCGUAGAACUUGACCCUGUAGUGGCAGCGAUCAAGGAUGGAGAUGAAAAAGCAGUAUGCAACAUGAUGAAAUCAGGAAAAAACCUUUCUAAACCUAAUAAGGAUGGCUGGAUACCCCUCCACGAAGCUGCAUACUACGGCCAAGUGGGUUGCCUGAGCCUGUUGCAAAAAGCCUACCCCAGCACCAUCGACCAACGCACUCUCAAUGAGGAGACAGCUCUCUACCUGGCCACCAGCCGGGGCAACCUGGACUGCCUGCUCACCCUGCUGCAGGCUGGGGCUGAGCCCGACAUCUCCAACAAGGCCAGAGAAACGCCGCUCUACAAAGCCUGUGAGCGUAAGAAUGCGGAAGCCGCAAGACUCCUGGUACAGUACAAUGCAGAUACCAACCAUCGUUGUAAUCGAGGAUGGACUGCUCUCCAUGAGGCUGUCUCCCGAAAUGACCUGGAGAUUAUUGAUAUUCUUGUGAAAGGGGGUGCCAAGAUUGAGUCGGCAAAUGCCUACGGGAUCACUUCUUUAUUUGUGGCAGCUGAGAGUGGGCAGCUGGAAGCCUUGAGAUACCUUGCAAAAUGUGGCGCUGAUAUAAAUACUCAAGCCAGUGAUAAUGCCACUGCCCUUUAUGAAGCCUGUAAAAAUGGACAUGUACAUAUUGUGGAGUUUCUUUUGUCCCAAGGAGCAGAUGCUAACAAAGCCAAUAAGGAUGGCCUGUUACCUCUUCACAUAGCAGCCAAAAAAGGGAUUUGCGAGAUUGUCUCCAUGCUGAUCCCUGUGACCAGCCGCACCCGCGUCAAACGUAGUGGCAUCAGCCCCCUGCACUUGGCGGCCGAACGGAACAACGAUGACAUCUUGGAAGAGCUGAUAGAUGCUGGCUACGAGGUCAACAGUGCCCUCUCCAAUGAACGGUCCUGCCUUUAUGAGGACAGACGCACCACCCCCCUCUAUUUUGCAGUUUUUAACAACAAUAUCUACGCCACAGAGCUCCUGCUGCAAGCUGGAGCCAACCCCAAUAUUGACCUCAUCAACCCAUUACUCAUCUCCAUCCGUCAUGGCUGCAUGAAGACCAUGAAACUGCUCCUUGACCAUGGAGCAAACAUUGAUGCCUAUAUAUCAAGUCAUCCCACCACAUUUCCAGCUACCAUCAUGUUUUCAAUGAAGUACCUCUCUGUGCUGAAGUAUCUCCUGGAUCUGGGCUGUGAUGCAAGUUCCUGUUUCGAGUGUCAGUAUGGGAACGGCCCCCAUCCUGCAUUAAAUUACAGACGGGAAAGACUUAAUGAUCCUCAGCUGACCAAGGAGCCAACCACAGUACAGUUUUGUGAAAUGGUGUCUACUCCAGAGAUAAGUCGCUGGGCUGGGCCAAUCAUUGAUGUUCUCCUGGAUUAUGUGGGUAAUGUGCAGCUCUGUUCCCGGCUCAAGGAGCAUAUUGACAGCUAUGAGGACUGGGCUGUCAUUAAAGAAAAAGCAGAACCUCCGCGACCUCUUUCCCAUCUUUGCCGCAUCAAGGUACGAAGCCUGGUUGGAAGAAACCGCAUUAAGCUUCUUGACACCUUGCCUCUCCCAGACAGACUGAUCCGAUACUUACAGCACGAUUACAGACAGUGACCCCAGGCACGAUGGAUAUGCAGUGGCUUCCCGGCAUGGCACCCAGCAUCACCAGCAUGGCAAGGGCCCACAGCGGGGAGGAAUUGCUGCUGGCUUGGUCAAGCACCCUCCAAUGACUAAUCUAAGAGAAAUAUGCUUUUGAAGCGUGAGUGAGAAGAAAAUGGAGGAGACAGAGCUAAAGAUAGGACUGUUGUUAGGUUUUUCAAGAGCAAACACAUAUGAUUCACCUCUGUGCUUGUUCUGCAAAGAACAAGAAAUGAAACCUGACACUGACAAAUGAGUCGUACCAAUAUUUGGAGAGGAAUACAAAGUUAUCCAGGGGUUGUGGUGAAGCUUAGCAUCCUUGCUGUGAUGACAAUUAAGAAAUUGUUGAGAGUCAACAUAUUUGGGAAGACAAUCACAUUUCCUUCACUGACUGAGAUUUUUAUUGUAUUUUCUAUUUUAUUGUUUGGAUUUCUGCUAAGUGUGCGGGUUGCUAAUUCUCUGAUACUUUUACACCACCUUGCUAACACUUUUACUUUCUUUUUUUGUAUCUUUCUUAUUGAGUAGAGUACUUGAUUUCUGAACAUUCAAAUCUCAGAUUUCUUCAACAGACUAAAAUCCAGAAAUGAUGAAUCCUUUAAAAAUCAAGGAAAGGUUUAUUUAAGGAGGAAGUAAGAACUGUAUUUGCACAUAGUGAAUGGAGUUCAUUCUGUAUUACAUUUGCAAUGUCAUUCUGCUUUCUGUCAUUCUGAGAGAAUUUCUUAGACUGGGGAUUUGAAAGUAAAUCUGAGCUCUUUUUUUUUC